AUGGAUUUAUGCAUCUCCAAUCUAAAGGCACUUGGAGCCUUUGACUAUGGUGCUGCAAACAAACUCGUCACUCGUCCAAUACGGAUAUACCCACCACUCAACACCAUAUUCUUUAAACUCAUAACCUGCGAAACCCUCUACACUCAGUUAUCUUAUAUGAAGCCAAAAUGGUUUACUAGAAAAGACACUCUUCUUAACUCCCAAUAUGCUCAUCUCGCAGACGAAAUUACACGCGAGAUUUCACUGAUCGAUUCAAAUCCUUCAAUUACUCAAGAAAGGGCGUCCGUAACCCUUUUACUACAAAGCCUUAGUGAAUUUUGUCGAUGUCGCCAGUUGUUGAUUAGCAUAUAUCAUUCGAUGGCAACUCAAACCACCCCCAGUGGUACAGAAGCCAUGAUCCAAGAACUCCUCCUUCUUAGUAACCUAUGCACUGAAUCAUCACUACCAGAUCAUCUUUAUAUACUUGGGCUGGGCGUCGAAAAAGAAAUCAAUAUCCUCCUUUCGUUGCUUAGAGCAAGAACAGCUAUCGUCAAUUAUGCCUUUCAGGACGCAUGUAUAUCUUUAUUUGUUUGCAAACAAGAUCUCAGUGACUGGAAAUCCACCUGCGAAGAGCAGGAUUUUUUGGAAAAAUCGCCAAUGCAUUGUGAACAAUCGCGCGACGCAGCAUCAACAUGGAGACUCUCAAUUUUUGGCAACACAUCGGAGAAACAGGGAAAACAGAAGCAAGGACAUGUAUGGCCCCAAACUUUACGAUGGCAAGCACGCUACCUCGACAAUCUAGCCGCCAAAAUGACACUAUAUUUUAGUACCAUUCUAAUAUCCAAAGAAAGCAUACUCACUGAAGAUGAUCCUGAAAAGGCUUUAUGGAAAGGUCUCCAAGUAGAUUACCAUGAUCACAUUCUUGUCAUCCCCCCUGUACCUCCCAGGAUCUGCACGUUCCGAAGACGCUUCAAUGCGUUUAGUAUCAGCCUUGUGUAUGAGGUCACAUCAACACCUUUUCAUCCUCAAGGUUAUGUGUGUGCAGGCACGCCAUAUGAACCGCCCCAGGGUAUCCACUCAUUUCCAUUUAUCUAUUGUCAUCCAAAGCAAGCGCCAAAAGACCACCUGCCAAACAUUAUAUCAAUCAUUCAAGGAUGUCGUCAUAAACUAGGAGAUCCAAAAGGAAGUCCAGUAUACUUUUUUGAUAACAGGAUUUCAAGCACCUACUACUUUAUGCGUGUUGAUGAACACGUUGUCUUGGUAAUCAUUUACCUCGACAAGCAUCUCCACCGUGAACCGACUACCUCUGAUUUUAUGACUUCAUUAGUCACAUCACUUCGAGGAUCCUCUGUCAUAGGGGAACUUGUGCGGAUGGAGUAA